AAAGCAAUUACAUCAAAAAAGUUCCAUCGUUUUUUGUGUCCCUUAUUUGCAGGAUUUGUACUCAUUAACAUCAGCCAAGUCUAUAUUGAAUAUUGACUAUAAUUCAGUGCCUUUUUUUGAGUUUCUAUCUUCAUUUGUACUCAAUCUUACAACCCAUUUGCCUAAAUCAAAACUCAAAUUCACUUUCCUCCUUCAUUUCACUUUUGCUUCUUGCCCUUAAACCAUAUAUAUUCACAAAGUGAGUAUCAGCAAAAAACACAGUAUAACCCAGAGAAUUUGAACCCUGAUGAGAAUUCAGAAGUCUAGAAGAGUGGGUUUAAUUCAAAAGCUGUUACUUUUGGCGAUCCUGUGUUUCUUGGUUAAUGGAGAGAAGAACACUACAAUGGUUUUCGGGAUGAGCCGGAAAUUGACGUUCAUGAUUCCAGAAAUGCAGCAGAAAGUAACAGAGCAAACUCAAGAAACAGGGGAGCAAAAUGUGAAGAAUCUGGCUGUGGCUUCUGCCGUGUUUUCUUCAAGCAAAAGGGAAGUUCCUGAUGUCUCUGAUCCUCUUCAUAACCGGUGAUGAUCCGUACAAAUUUCAGUUCAUAUGAUCAAGAAUUUAGUUUACACUCUUCCAGCUUCUGGAGUGAAGCGAACGAGACAGGGGAGACAAGAAGAGAAGAAGAUCGAGCACAUUAGGAACUUUUGAAUUUUGAUCACACAACUAUAUAUAUAUAUAUAUGGUUUCUAAGUUUUAGCUCCAAUAUUUCCAGUUCCAUCCAUCAUAUUUUACACUAAACAAUUGUGAUCCAAUUUUGUCAAAUGAUGGUGGAGCGAGCUUUGUAAGUUUAUUGAC